GUGGUGGGAGAGCGUAAUGCCACCAAGCCAGAAGCUGCCUUUCACAGCGAACGCACAACUGACAGCACUGCUGCCACUUUAUCUUCCUCCUCCCCCGCCGUUUGCACCCCCAUCACUCUCUCACAGACGGCGAUGGGAACUGAGCAUGAGGCGCCGCUGACUGCGGAGGGUGAAGAGAAGACGCUCAAAAAAUGGGCAGAAGCACAGCUGAUGGAAAGAACAGGCGCAUGAAUCAAAGAAGGGAGCAUGAGAGGAAAAAAAGCAUCGGCAUGGAAAUAAGAAAAGGAAAAAAUUAAAAAAAGAGGAACCAAGAGAUGGAAGGCUCAAGCAUUUCUCAGAUAUGGAGCCAGUCUGACCGUUGCUGCUUGGAUCUGCAUAACAGGAGAAGGAUGGCAGUGAACGGACCUGGGCUUGCAGCAAACCGCCAGCAACAGACUCUCUGCUCCUUUCUGCCAAAAGCAGCAGCAACACGGCGCUAUUAGAAUCAGGUCUCUUGGGAUAAAGCGCCGAGACAGACUGCAACACCGGAGCCCCCGUCACACAUGUUCGUACCGCGCACAGAGACACAGGUAUGCACAUUACACGAAUCUGGGAGAAAGCAAUGAUUGUCUGGAAUAAUCCAUUCUCAGUGAUGACUGAAGCAUAAUCCGUCGGAGGAAAAGAAGAUUUGUCUCAUGAUGCGGAGGAAAUGGAGGACAUGAAACAACAACCCCCAGCUGUAUGCGACUUGGACAAGAGCAGGAGGGUGACUGGUGUGUGCAGAUUUAAUUUCAUUACACCCAGGAGUGAUGGAUGCAAGAAAAGAGACAAGUUCAUAAAAUAAAUUGGGUAACCACAAGGCAUCAAAGAGAUUUGCAUACAUGGAGGCGAUAUGAGCAAGCGUGAAAAGCCCUGAAGCAUCGGAGUGCGAAAGCUGCGAGCAACUGAACCAGGAGAACCAUGCAGUGGAGACGCCGCCACUGUUGUACACACACAGCUAAACUCCUGUAUCUCCUCUCGGUGUUGGGCGUGCUGCUUUUCCUGGUCCACCAAGUGUGGCUUCCUAAGCUCGGCGGGACGCCGUGGUGGCGGGGCUACGUCCUGGUGCCUCAGGGGGAUCACACCAGCGCGGUCAGAUGGAACGCCAGCAUCCAACAUUCACGACUGAGCUUUGCGUCUCAAUCUCAGCUAACUUUCAAGGCUGAAGCCAACGCGAGCUCCCCGGAGAAGCAGGACACUCCUCUCCCUAAAGGCGAGCCGCACUUGGACAACAAUGGCUCGGCCAACGGCAGCCAAAGUGAGGACCGAGACUUCAACGGCACAAUAACUAACGGGCCCUUCCGUUAUAUUAUCAAUGAACCGGACAAGUGUGCCGCGAACCGGCCGCCGCCGUUUAUCGUGCUGCUGAUCGCCACCGAAGCUCGAGAGGUGGAAGCCAGGAACGCUAUACGCCAGACGUGGGGAAGUGAGGAUGUCGCCCCGGCUCUGGGAUUCAUCCGGCUCUUUCUCCUGGGGAUGAAAGAGGGCGAACUGGGACUCGUGCAGCAGAAGAUGCUGCAGGCCGAGAGCCAGAGGCAUCAGGAUAUCAUUCAGCAGGACUUCCUGGAUUCCUACAAAAACCUGACAUUGAAGACGUUGAUGGGAAUGAACUGGGUCUCCAUGUACUGCCCACGGGCCAGUUACGUCAUGAAAACGGACAGCGACAUGUUUGUCAACACAGAGUACCUCAUUUACAAGUUGCUCAGACCAGAGCUGAAGCCCAAGAAGAACUACUUCACAGGCAACAACAUGAGGGGCUUCGCGCCCAACCGAAACAAGAACAGCAAGUGGUACAUGCCGCCGGAGCUGUACCCCGGCGACAAGUACCCCACCUUUUGCUCUGGGACCGGAUACGUGUUUUCAGGAGACAUCGCGAGGAAAAUCUAUCAAGUUUCUCUGAGGAUCCAUCACCUGCACCUGGAGGAUGUGUUUGUUGGAAUCUGCCUGGCCAAGCUGAGAAUCGAGCCCACCCCUCCGCCCAACGGCUUCCUGUUCAACCACUGGCGGGUUUCUUACUCCAGCUGCAAGUACAGCCACCUGAUAACGUCGCACGGCUUUCACCCAAACGAAGUACUCAAGUACUGGCAUCAUCUUCAAAGCAGCAAACGCAACGCCUGCCUCAACACGCUCAAAGAGCGAUCAGGAAGAACGCACGGCAGAAUCAAUGCACAGAAACCGGCUCAUUGACUGAAACAAUGCGGAUUACAUUUGGUGAAGAGUCCAGGUCUCAUAUUCCCAUCUUAACUGGACAUCCGGUGACUUAGCAACUGGCCUCUUAUUUACACAGCAUCUCAAUACAAAUACAGAGUAAGGAAUGAUGACACAAUCAACAAUUGUCGCCAAUUUUGUACAAAUGAAAGUUGUCUAUCGGAGGGAAACCACGGAGGGUUAUGAACACAUUCCAUCACACUGAAAAACACGACUUUCCCUGUGUUUCAAAAGCACAUUGGUCGAAUAUUAGACCAAUCGUACAUGCCUGACAAACUGAACCAUACGGCGGACACUGCAAUGAAGCAUUUCCAUAUUUGUACAAGUCUAAAGGAGUCAAAAGCACAGUUUCUAAAACAGCACCAGCACCAGGUUGAAACUGCUGCAGUCCUACAUAUAAAACAUUUAAAAAAAAAAAGGAAUUAUGCAAGAAUAAUUCCAACUCGAAAUGUACUACCAAGUUUGCGUUCUGUAGUUUGUGCCAACUAUUUUGAAAAAGUAAAAUAUAGACCAGCAAACAUUCUUUGUUAUGAUCUAGAAACGUGCCGUUUUUAACUGACCAUGUCUCUAAAGCACAAGAGAGCUGUAAAUGUGCCGUGAUGAUGUUUAAGUGGAUAAACCACCGAUCUUACCGUCACUGACUUCAGGGUCAUACCGUGGUACGUCCCCAUGGUAUCAAUUUUGAAACCCUCCGUUUCUAGAAGGGGGAAGAAGAAGAAAAAAAUGUUAUGGCAGCACAAAAUAGCUUAUUUUAAUAUUGCAUAAGUAAUACAUGAAUAUAUAUAUAUGUUAUGAUUGCAUCUUUCAGGUCUUUUUUGGUAUAUUAAGCUCCAUGUUGCCAAAACUAUGUAAAAAGUUUUAAGCUUCUAUUUACUGACUUUUCCAGACCUGACACUGGGAUGUUACAACACAUGGGUUAAACGGGAGGACAGAAGUUGUAAUCCGCGUCGUUGUGGCAUAAAGCAAAUGUUGUUGUGUACUUCAUGUAGCUCUGACUUGUUUGAUUAGCGUCUGAUUUAAAAGUGGUCACAUUAGUAAGUUAGAGGUAUUCUUUUAAAGUUGGAUCUGUAGAGAUUUCAGCUGUCCUUGAAUGUACGUGGAGGGAAUGGGCGUGUUUACUUGGUAAGUUGCACAGCCAGAUGUGUCCUUCAAAUGUACACAUGUGGAUAAAUCUGUUGGUACUCUUUUGAAAAGUAAAGAACUGUGAAAGACUUUUGAAAGAACCGAAAAUGACCAAAGUUA